AUGGCGAGCGGUCAGGAGUUCAACGACGAUGAGGUUUCGAACCCGUCACUGAACAGCCCGACGCGCUCGAUGGAUAGUGAGGACCUGCAGACGUUGCAGGAGACCUUGCAGAACAUUCAAAGUUUGAUCAGUAUAACGCGGAAGAACAUUGAGGCGUUAAAUUCCAAGUUUGCUGACUUCCAACCGCCAAUGUAUGUGAGUGAGUACAACGAGCUCACCUCAAAGCUGCACGGCUUCAUCGCUCGUGAGGAAGAGCUCGAGCGCAAGAUCCGCCUUGAAAUGGAGAACAAUUCACAAGGUGACGCCUCCGAUAACAUCCACCCAAUUAUGGUGACGCAGGACGAUGAAAUCAGCUACCCCGCUGUGGUGCCGUGCUCGCCCUUUAAAUCUGUGAUACGCGCCCACCUGCCUAACCAGCAGCGCACCUCUGUGCAGGUGCGACCUGGUCUCAGCGUCCGAGAGGCCCUUGCCAAGGCCAUGAGCCUCAGAAAGCUCUCCCCAGACAUGUGUAUUGUUUACAAGGGAGAGACGAAAAUACCAAUUGCAUGGGAUGUGGACAUUUCAAUGCUGGAAGGCGAGGAGAUCACAGUGGAGAUCAAUAGCAACUUUCCGAUCACAACCAGCAUUUCGCACAACUACGCGCGCAAGACCUUCUUCUCGUUAACGUACUGCGAGUGCUGCCGUAAGUUACUCUUCCAGGGCUUCUACUGCCGCACCUGUGGCUACAAGUUCCACCAACGCUGCGCCGCAAAAGUGCCCACGCUCUGCCAACAGAUUGGCGAGCAGACCAAGUACCUGCAGUAUCUCCUUGCCCAGGGCCCUGACUCCAUCGCUGGCAUUCUAAAUCCUGGCGACUCAAGAUACUUCAAUCCUCCAUCACCAGACCCGCUACUGGGCCGAACCGGCCACCCGACGUUAGCGCAACAACACUCAACAUCAGUUCCAAAUGUGUACUUCAACUUGGUGGAGCAAGCGGGCCAGAACAGAGGGGACGGGGCGCACUACUCGCCUGGGGAUGGGGGUGCGUCAGUGUCGCUGAUCCCGUCAAUGGGCGAGCCGAAGGCGACGCACAGCACUCAGGUGUCACCGACCAAAGUGAUGAGGUCGCGACCCAGAGCGCGGAGCGCAGACGAGAGCAGCAAGAAACUGACGGACAUCAUCCGAACGGCGCGCGAGUCCAUAGACGACUGGGAGAUCUCAAACGACGAACUACUAAAGGGCCAGCGGAUCGGGUCAGGGUCCUUCGGGACGGUGUACAAGGGCCACUGGCACGGCCCAGUAGCCAUCAAGACCCUGAAUGUGAAAAACCCAACGCCUGCGCAGCUGCAGGCGUUCAAGAACGAAGUGGCUGUGCUCAAAAAGACGCGUCACGUCAACAUUCUCCUCUUCAUGGGCUGCGUUUCGGAUCCCGAGUUGUGCAUUGUGACGCAGUGGUGCGAGGGCUCGAGUCUCUACAAGCAUUUGCACGUCAUGGAAAUCAAGUUCGAGCUCCUCCACCUGAUCAAGAUCGCGCACCAGAUCGCCCAGGGCAUGGACUACCUGCACGCCAAGAACAUCAUCCACCGCGAUUUGAAGAGCAACAACAUUUUCCUUCGAGAUGACUUGACUGUGAAAAUCGGCGACUUUGGGCUGGCGACGGUCAAGGCCAACUGGGCCGGGUCGCAGCAGUUCCACCAACCGGCCGGAUCGAUUCUGUGGAUGGCGCCUGAGGUGAUUCGAAUGCAGGAAGAGUCGCCGUACAGUUUCCAGUCGGACGUGUACGCCUUCGGAAUUGUGUUGUACGAGUUGCUGGCCGGGUUGCUGCCCUACGGCAACAUCAAGAACAAGGACCAGAUUUUGUUCAUGGUCGGCCAGGGCAAGCUGAAGCCAGACUUUAACAAGGCGCGGCCGGACACGCCCAAGGGCAUGCGCCGGCUGGCCAAGAACUGCGUCAAGUUCCAGCGCGACCAGCGACCCCUGUUCAAACAGAUCCUGGCCUCUCUGGACAGCAUCCUGUACGCCCUGCCCAAGAUCCAGCACUCGGUGUCCGAGCCGACCCUCAACAGCGCCCAGCUUCAGUCCGACGAGCUGAUGUACGAGUGCGCGUCGCCCAAGACCCCCGUCAACUUCCCGCCCUACGGCGCCUUCCCCUUCUGAGUUUACGGAUCAUUCCACCCAGACUUUACGGACCAGACGCUCUUUAGCCAGUGCUGAACCCGGUUGGACUGGGAUUAAUUUAAUUAGAGUGCGGUUUCGAACCAUAGGACACAGAGUUUGAUGCAUUUUCAGUUCCAGACUUGCGUGAACAAGUUCGCCGUUUUAAUUUAUUCGCUUGGUUUAACUAUUACUCAACGUGUUGCCGCUGUACUUAAUUGAUUUCGGAAAAAGAGAGAAUUCAUUAUUGCGAAAAACAAAAACACACCUUUUGCGCUACUUUCGUGUGAACUACAAGCAAAAAGAAUGUAAAUACUAGAGCAUACAUAAAAAUUAAUCCA